AUGACUCAACCGAACGACCACCUUUCCGAUCUUGACCGCCAUGUGCAGCAGCUCGAGGGCAAAGUCAACCAACUACGGGCGUCCCUGACGCACUGGCAACAAUGGUACCUCGAUUACUCGGCGCUCAAGGAGGAAGUCGAGCAGCUGCCCAGCGACACGCCUCCCCAUGAACAGCUCCGCCGCAUCCGCCGUGACUUUGAUAGUCCGCGGCUGACCAAAAAGGAGAUCAACGAGAUCAUGGGAAAGCAUGACCUCAAGGCACCUGAACAGAUCGUCCACGUGCUGUCGCGGCGCCUGGACUAUGUCGAGCAGAACAUAAACACCUUGUCCAAGUCUCUCGAGACCGAGGAGAACCGGCUUGCGGCGGCGGCGGUCGUCGCGCAUCCUAAUGCUGGCACUGACGAGGAGAGCGGCUUGCCCUUCACCGAUAUUAUCGAGGAGUUGGACGAGGACGACAACGUGGUCAACUUCCGGUUGCAGGGUGGCGCGGAUGCCGAGCCGAAAAUUAGUGAGGCGUUGAAAAAGGCGGGCAUUCAAGAGGAGGAUCUUGCUGACGCCGAGGCGGCGCUGUCGAAGACCCUGGGGGCCUUGGGGCUUGAUCCAAAGGAGGAUGGGACAGAAAAGGAAACUGCCCCCGGCCCUACAGCAAGGGCGAGCAGCACCACAAAAAGCACUCCUGACGAUAAGCCUGUCACUCGCAAAAAGUCUGUGUCCUUUGCGGAGGACACGAAGAGCGGCGAUGAGGUUGAGGCUGCCCAGUCGAAAGCGGCCCAGGAUCUCGAACGGCUCAUGCAAAAGGCCAAAGAACAGGAAGCGAUAGAUUUGUCGUCGGCAGUCAUCCCGGAUAACGAGUCAGCAGAGGAGAGCAAACUGCGCCGGGAGAUGCUCGAAUAUGGCAUGUCCGAAAUUGGACCGGUCGUGGCCGAGCUCCAGUUGGAAGAGGACUAUUCCGGCGACGAGGACGACAUGGAUUGGAUAGGCUCUGACGAUGAAUUCGACGACGAAGAGACAGACGACGAUGCCGAGGAUGAGCUUGGACGGUCUAAACGCAAAGUCGUCACUUCCGACUACAUGAAGCGUAUGCAGGAGCUCGAGAAGCGUCUCGCCCGGCAGUCUGCCUUCACAGUCGGCGGGUCAGAAACCAAACCCGAGAAGCUAGACGAGGGCAUAGGGCGGAUAGCGGUGGUUAGCGAACCAGCCCCGUCAACUGAACCAGCGCCUGUGCCCACGCCUACUGAAUCGAAAGGAAAGAAGAGCGUCAGUUUCGCGUCCAAGCUGGACAUCGCUCCCGACACUGCGCGGCCGGAUACCGGACCCAUUGGUGAUAUCGUAGAGAAGGUCGCGGAAGAGGAGACGCUCAAGGACCCCGAAGAACCACCAAAACGAGUAUCAAGGUUCAAGAAGGAUCGGCCUGCCGUCGCGUCUUCCUCGCACCGUCCCGCAGGCAAGCUUCCUCCUGGUCCGCACCAACUUCCCAGCAACUUUAGCAUGGGCGGCUUCGACCGCCCAACCGAUCCGGCCCCGCCAGAAGAAAUUAUGGCUCACACAGUCGCUGAGCGGCCUACCAUAGUAACGGCAGAACCGGAUGGCCUAGAAGAUGCCGCUCUGUACGAAGCCGCUGCGCUUGAGUACAGCCGUUUGCGGAACCAGCUGAUUCGAAAUCAGGGUGGUAACGUCGACGAUGAGACGGGUCUCGUCCCUCUCGACGAGGAACUAGGCGGGCCUAAACGGCAGAGCAAGUUCAAAGCCGCGCGGUUGACUAAGCUACAAUAG